AAGAUAUAAGGAUACGCCUGGAAUCGAUGUUAUUGUUGAAGAGAAAUCAAAGGUAGUUUGUCCUGUGAACGGUAAAGUAUAUCUCACAUGCAAUGAGGAUGAAGUUCGAAUCAUUCCGUCAGACCCAACUUUCAAAAUGUUCACUAUUUUCAUCAGGAAUAUUGAUGUAGUGAACUCUGUCAAGGUACAAGGAACCGAAUUUAAAGCAGGACAGCCUCUUGGACAUGGACGAGGCAAAAAUAGUUGCAGCGAUCCAUAUAUCCACGUAGCGAUGCGGAAAAUGUCUGAAAACGGCAGUUCGGAAUGUUCAUAUGUUGACCCAUCAUCAUAUGUUGACAACAUCAAACCGUUUCCAAAAUGGCAAGAAGAAUGUAAGGAAUUUGUAUUUAAACAUAUUGGAAACAUAAUUGAAGCUGGUCUUAGUGGUUUAGGUUUUGAAGAUAUCGUGGAAGAAUUAUCAAAGAGAGCAUUAGCCUGGGCUGGAGCUGCAGCAGUACAAAAAAUCGUUUCGCAUUUUCCAAAAAGUAAGAUGGCAAAAAUGGCAGGAACAAUGGCAUUUGCUUAUCUUUCGCAGCAUAAUUCUGAAAUUGCAAAUGUCUUUAUGACACCGGAAAGUCAGAAGGCCUUGAUGGAGGAAAAGUGUGAGGACAUGGCGAAAACAACCACUUCGCCAACCACUCCGUCAACUACAAAAAAAACACAAGACGCAGAAUUCAGUGCCGGGAAACAGUCAGUAAAUAAAAUAAUGGAGACCUUGAACGCCGACUCCACCACAACACAAAAGUCAAUAGAAGAAAUACAAGCUGUAAUAGAAAGACUAAAGAACUCAUCCACUGGAAUACAGCUAGAUGAUAUGUCAUCCAUGGCGUUUAGUAAAUAUGGAAAAAUACUCGAGAAAUUAAACAUACCUUCUAAGGGAAGCAAACAGUCAAUGGAAACAACUCUUCAGAUGCUGUCGUGGAAAGUUUGUCCAACGUUCGAAAAUGGAAUAGCUCAGGGUUACGGUCAUUUCUGUGUACCUAGCGAAGAUUGCUUUGGCCUGAAUUGUACGAUCCGCAUUCCACACGGACUCAGGAAAGACAAAAUGUCAUUGGCUGCUCACUUCGAUCGUGUCCAUUCAACAUUUAUCAUACAUACAACGAACAACAGAACAACGAUUGUGAUUGAUGGUUCUCGGAAACAAUUCAAUAUCACGGGCAUAAUGUCUGACUACCAUGUGACCAUUCUGUCUCACCCAAAAACUCUCAACACAUCACUAGGACAAGUAUAUCAGCUUACUUUGUCUGCAGUUGUGUGCGACCUAGAUGCUCGCUGUUUGCCGGAAAUCCACAUUUUUCACAACUUGACAUUUUUAAGACGUCUGCAACAACGUGAAAUUAGAUCAAGCGAUGGCUGCUCUUUUGGUGCAGAUAUAGGUGUGGAGAACGUGGGUCAUAUUGGAGGUUCUAUAGAUGUGGACAAGAAUGGUCAUGUUUCAGGUGGAGGUGUCGAUCUUGGAGUGAAUGUUGGAAACGUAGAUAUCAAUAGUGGAUUUCAGAUGAAUGACCAAGGGGAAUGGGGUGUUAAUGUUGGAGCAGACGUAGAUCUUGGUGACGGAAACACAGUAGGGACAGAAAUGUCUUUAGAGGGCGAUGGCGAAACAUUAACAUUUGGUCUUGGAGUUGACGCGCAGUUUGGCGACAAAGGAAGCGUUGGUGGUUUCAUACAGGGUAAUACAGACGGUCAAUUAACAGCUGGAGUACAAGGUAAUGUUAAUACUGGAGCAGCUAAUGUGUCCGUAGAGGGAUGGAUACAUCAUGACAAGAAUGGCACAAGUGGGGGUGGAUCAGUUGCAGGUAAUUUUGGGGGAAAGGGCCAUAUUGAAGCAUCAGUGAAUCGUAGCGCAAAUGGGGCAAUAGACGCAGGUCUUAAAGGUGGAAUAAAAAUAAAUAACACAACUUUAACAGGAGGCGGUUUCAUUCAUCAUGACAAAAACGGAACAAGUGGAGGAGCACAUAUAGCCGCAAACAUGAAUGGGAAAGGAGAGAUUUCUGCCUCAGUAAACGCGUCAUCAAAUGGAACAAUUGACGCUGGAAUAAGCGGGUCUGCACAAAUUGGAAACUCAACUAUUUCGGGAGCUGGAUACGUACAUCAUGACAAGAAUGGUACGAGUGGAGGGGGCGUGGUAGCUGCAAAUAUAGAUGGUAAAGGACACAUAGCUGCCUCAUUAAAUGCAUCAUCUGAUGGCAGCAUUAAUGCUGGGGUUGGCGGGUCAGCACAGAUUGGAAACUCGACUAUUUCGGGAGCAGGAUACGUACAUCAUGAUAAGAAUGGUACGAGUGGAGGGGGCGUAGUUGAUGCAAGUAUAGAUGGUAAAGGACAUAUAGCUGCAUCGUUAAAUGCAUCAUCUGAUGGAAGCAUUGAUGCUGGAGUUGGCGGGUCUGCACAGAUUGGAAACUCGACUAUUUCGGGAGCAGGGUACGUACAUCAUGAUAAGAACGGUACGAGUGGAGGAGGCGUGGUAGCUGCAAAUAUUGAUGGUAAAGGACACCUAGCUGCAUCAUUGAAUGCAUCAUCUGAUGGAAGCAUUGAUGCUGGAGUUGGCGGUUCAGCACAGAUUGGAAACUCGACUAUUUCAGGAGCAGGAUACGUUCAUCAUGACCAGAAUGGUACAAGUGGAGGGGGCAUGGUAGAUGCAAAUGUUGAUGGGAAAGGGCACAUAGCUGCAUCAUUAAAUGCAUCAUCUGAUGGAAGCAUUGAUGCUGGAGUUGGCGGGUCUGCACAGAUUGGAAACUCGACUAUUUCGGAGCUGGAUACGUCCAUCAUGACCAGAAUGGUACAAGUGGAGGAGGUAUGUAGCUGCAAAUAUAGAUGGGUAAAGGACAAAUAG